UCUAUUUAAAAUUAAGGCGUAAAAUUAUGAUAAAUUUAAGUAAAAGCCUGGACCUGAAUUGUUCACUAUAUUACAAAAGGGCAAAUGAAAACAAACAAACUUAAAUCGAAGACGAAGUCUAAAUAAAUGCAACAGUUAGUCAUUUGUUCGACUAUAGUUUUGAUUAGACUAAAAAUGUUGCACACAAUUAUGAUGUAGUCUCCAAUUGAAAUUAAUUUUGUGCUAAUUAGUGUAGAUCUUAUUAUUAGUCUAUAUCCAUGUAAUAUCUUAUCGUCAAGUGCACUUGGAAUACGGGCAAUGCACUUGCACUACAUAAUAAUCAGCUGUCCGUACACAAAAUCUAAGCAAAUAAAAACUGAGUAAAAACUACAAAUUUUGCUUAGUUCGAAAGCAUAGUUCAUUGGUGACAGAUGAGAAAAUUCAACGGAAAAUAGCUUUUCGAGUGAGAGUGUGCAAGAGAGAGAGAGAGAGAGAGUGAGUGGGGAAAAGCUAUACGGCGAGAACGAUCGAUCGAUCUAAACAUAUAUACCGAGUCAAAAGUCUUACGUAUAAAUUUGUUAUUAUUAUGCUGCUUUCGCGCUCCGAAUGUGUUGAAAUACUGAAAAAUGUAUUGAAACAAAAGUCAACAACAAAUGAUCAUAAGGAAGAAGAUGUCAAAUUGUUGGAUUAUAAUUUCGUGAGGGAUCACACUCCAAUGGGUUAUCUAGGUGAUUACUACGAACUGACUUUGACGUACAGCAAUGCAGCCGAUGGAAAUGCAAAGCAAGAGAAACUUUUCAUCAAAUCUUUGCCAGAGUUAAGUGCAGAAGCUCAAAAAGAGGCCAUAUUUAAAAAGGAGGCGUGGCUCUAUGAAACAUUACUUGCAGAUAUGCAACAAUAUUCAAAAUUGAAAUGGCGCGCCAAUUGUUAUUUUACCCGUUCCGAUCUUUUGGUUUUGGAAAAUGUUACUUUAGCUGGCUAUCAUCUAUCAGCCACCACGGAAUUGUGUGAAACGAGUCUCUUUCAAUUGAUGCAUUCCCUGGCUGCAUUUCAUUCGGCCAGUUUGAUCUACGAACAGCAGACAGAACAGAAUAUUGGCCAAGAAUUUGGUCAUUAUUUGCAGGAAAUAACUGUGGCAUCGGAAAUAGCCUGGUUUACUACAGGUCUCUCUGCUGUCUUGGCCAUCAUACGCAGUCUACCAGAGUUUGCUGCAAAUCGUGAUUUCAUUGACUCUGAAUUACUUGGCAUUAUGGAAGGCAUUUAUGUACAGGCCAAACCAUCGGAUCGAUAUCGUAAUGUCCUCUGCCAUCGCGAUCCUUGGGCUGGUAACAUAUUCUUUCCAUCACAGCCAGAGCAAGUGGCUCUUUUGGUAGACUUUCAAACAUGUCGCUAUACACCGCCAGCCACAGAUCUAGCUUUCAGUCUAUAUAUGAAUCUCUCAUCAGCGGAACGCGAACGAUUGGCAAGCAUUUCGUUGGAGAUUUACUAUAAUGCUUUAGAUGCAAAUCUUCAAGAGUUUGGCCUGCAAGCAGAGCAAUUCCUAACCAAAUCUGAAUUGCUGAAAUCCUUUGAGGAAUUCCGUUUAUUUGGAGUGGUCUAUAGAGCUGUGGCAGCCACCAUAGUCAAGGUGCCUGUCGAAUUUGUUACCAACGAUUUUAAAUAUGUUGAUCGUAGUGAAUGCCUUUUGAGGUAUAUGCAGGAAAAUGAUGCCUUUAAUUCAUAUAUGUUAGAAUGCUGUUCUGAAGUCAUGGAGGUUGCCCUCAAAUCUUGACCGAGUACCUUUUAAAAAUCUCAAAAUUUGUAUCAAUAAAAGUGAUGACUUAAACUGUAACAUAAUUCAAAAAAUUACAGGAAUUAAAAAAAUUAUAUAAACAAGACCGAA